AUGAGGUUAGCGUGGAACAACCGACCUGUCUUCGUGCUGGCGGGGUUCGCACUCGUCUUCAACGUGGGCAUGUUUCUGAAACAGCGGCCCGGGCCCGAGCGGGUUGCGACCCGAGGGACCAAGAGUCUGUCUGAGCUGGAGGCGCGACUCGGUAACAUGUACAAAAUGCUGGAAGAUUUUGGACUAAAGCAGGAGGCCAUGCAGAAAAUGCUUGAAAACAUAGACGGAUCCAGAAAAGCUGUGGAGGCCAAAUGGCCGCCUGAGCAGCCGGAGCAUCCUGAGCCGCCAGAGCAUCCUGAGCCAGAGAUCCCAAAUGCCCCCGGAGCGGUGACGUCUAAACAACUGUUUCCUGACUCUCCCCUGUUCAAGCAUUGGGGGCAGAACCUGUCUGAGGUCGAGCAGCGAGAGGCCGAGGCUCUGUUUCUGGAGUACGGGUACAACACAUUCCUCAGCGAUCGCCUCCCACUGGACCGAGUUCUUCCAGAUACUCUGGAUCCGAGGUGUCUGACGAAGACGUAUGCCAAAGACCUGCCGAGUCUGGGAGUGGUGCUGAUCUACCUGAACGAAGCUCUGUCUGUGAUCAAGCGGGCGCUGCGCAGCAUCAUCGACCGCACCCCCAAGAGCAUCCUGAAGGAGAUGAUACUGGUGGACGACGGCAGCUCUCAUGAGGACCUGAAGGGCGACCUUGACGAGUACGUGGAGUCACUGAAGAGAGGGAACCCGACUCUACACGUCACUCGAGUGAGGCACCGCAAGCCGCGAGGGCUCGCCUCCGCCAGAGUGGCUGGGUGGAGGGCUGCCACUGCUGAGGUGGUGGCCAUCCUGGACGCACACAUCGAGGUCCACGAGAGGUGGGCCGAGCCCCUGCUCACUCAAAUCAAAGGUGACCGUACAGUGGUGGUGUCGCCCGUGUUCGACAAAGUCAACUUCGACAACCUGGAGGUCAUUCUGUACCAGCCAGCGGCGCACGCCUUCGACUGGGCUCUGUGGUGCAUGUACGAAGGAUUCAGCCCUGAGUACUACAAGCUCCAAGACGGCUCACUGCCCGGCAAGAGUCCAUCCAUCAUGGGAAUCCUAGUCGCUGAUCGGGAGUUCCUUGGGGAGAUUGGAGUUCUCGAUGAUGGAAUGAAAGUGUACGGUGGGGAGAAUGUUGAGCUGGGAAUUCGUGUGUGGACGUGCGGAGGCAGUGUUGAAGUGGUCCCUUGCUCCAAGAUCGCCCACAUCGAGAGGAACCACAAGCCCUACAUGCCCGACCUGAGUCAAGCCAUGAAGAGAAACGCACUGAGGGUAGCAGAAAUCUGGAUGGACGACUACAAGCACAACGUCAACUUGGCCUGGAACUUGCCAUUUGAGAAUCACGGGAUUGACAUCGGGGACGUGUCUGAGAGGAAAAAACUCAGAGAGAGGCUGAACUGCAAACCUUUCAAAUGGUACCUGGAGAACGUGUAUCCCAAGUUGGAUCCCUGGGAUGACAUACUGGCCUAUGGAGGAAUGAAGAAUCUGGACGCCAACAUGUGCUUGGACCAAGGCCCAGUGCAGGGUCCCAGACCCAUCGCCUACAGCUGCCACUCCUAUGGACCCCAAGUCACGUAUUACCGCGGGACUGGUGAGCUCUACAUCGGUGGCAUCAAGUCCCACAAGUACAACGACAACCGGUGUAUAACCGACGCCGGCGAACCAGAAACCGAGCCUGGACUUCACAACUGCAUGGAGGCCAUUCAGAAAGGAAUGGGGAUAUACUGGGGCUUCACUCAGGGCAAAGAGCUGAAGAACACACUGACAGAAAGAUGCCUGGAAAUGAAAGACGACAAACUUAUAAUGCAGGAAUGCACUGGUCAAAGAUGGAAAGUUGAAAACAUAGUCAAAGCCUUUUAAAAAGUUUGUGUGUGUGGCCAACAAGAGGUGAAGAAAAUAAUGUUUAAAAUAUAAAAUACUAAGUUUAAUUAAUGUGACUGAUCUAAAUUGUGUCUUGUCCCCAUUUUGUAAAUCUUGAGUUCUGAAUUGACUUUACCUUUAUAGAUUUGUUUUACAUCUUGUGUGUCCAAAGUAACGGCUGCAAAUCGUUUUCACAAUUGAAUUGGCAAAGGUCAGAAAGAUGUUGUGAUUCUCAUUGGUAUGAAUUGACUUUGGAAAAAUACCUAAAGAUUUCAAUUUAGAAGAAUAAGUGAGCAAAUCCCAUAUUGUUUAGAUCUUCUUCUGUCAUGGAUCCAAAAUGAUGACUCAUGAUUAAUUGUGUCUUUGUAUCAGCUCCGACCAGUUAUCUUAUUUAUUUUCAUCUUUAAAAACUCCUACAGCCUCAUCUACAGCUGCUGGUUUGAUGAGAGUUCAGUUUAGUGUGUGACCAAACAAAACUAAUGCCACAAAUUCUACUUUUACAAGCACUGGAAUACUUAAAGUGCAGAAGUUGUUCAA